CUCCGCUUCUUUGAUGCUCAUACAGUAAGCCCUCCAUUAGGAAUUGAAGUUUGAGAACCAAUCCGGCUUCAUUCUACAACAUUUUACUUUUAUAGAACUACCUCAAUUUGAGGUCUUUCCUUUGGACUUCAAAAAUGACUGAUGCUGGUUUCUUUAGAGGCACCUCAACCGAGCAAGACAAUCGUUUCAGCGACAAAGAAAAGAAGUUGCUGAAAACAAUUAAGUUUGCUGACAAUGUUACAAAAAAAGUUGAUAUGAGUAAAGUGAAACUGGAAACAAUCAAACCAUGGAUCACAACCAAAAUUACAGAGCUUAUGGGUGGCAUUGAAGAUGACGUGUUGGUGGAAUAUGUUUUUAAUCAGCUUGAAGCUGACAAGAAUCCGGAUCCUCGUCGCAUGCAAAUCAACUUGACCGGAUUCCUCAAUGGCAAGAACGCCAGGAUCUUGAUGUCUGAACUGUGGGAUCUUCUCCUUUCUGCCCAAGAGUCAUCUGCUGGCAUUCCCGAAGUCUUUAUGGCUCAAAAGAAAGAAGAGAUCAAACUGCGAAAAGAAGAACAAGAUCGGAUCCAAGAGGCAAUUAAAAAGGCUGAUCGUGAUAGACGAGCUGACCGAGACAAGGAACGCAAUGAACGAAAUGAUAAGAAAACUUCCAAAGAUAGAAGCCGUAGUCCAAACAAGGAUAGGGUGAUCAAAAAAGAAGAUAAUCCUCGUUCUCCACCUCGUCGUGAUGGUCGACGUCCUUCACUAGAACGUCGGUCUCCGAACCGAAAUAAGACGUCGCCACCACCUCGUCGUCGUUCACCUGCCAGAUCGCCUGCACGGAGGUCUCCGCGCCGCUCCCCUCGUCGUUCACCUGUUCGUCGUUCACCUGCCCGACGCUCUCCUGUUCGACGCUCACCUGUUCGUCGUUCACCCGCAAGACGAUCGCCUGCUCGUCGUUCACCUGUAAGAAGAUCCCCAGCGCGGAGGUCUCCUGUUCGAAGAUCGCCUGCACGAAGAUCUCCUAUUCGUAGAUCGCCACGGCGUUCACCUGUUCGUAACCAUUCUCCUCGUCGUCCUUCACCACGUCGUUCACCGGUUAGGAAGUCGCCUGUCCGCCAUAGAUCUCCCGAUCGCCGUGACAAAGAACGUCCGCGUCGAUCACCCGAACCUAAGAAAGAUAGCGCGUAUGUUGAAAAGAAGCCUGCUGCUGUCUCUGGUUUACAGGCGAAGUUGAUGCAAAUGGCAGGACAGGAUACUUCAUCCCUUGCUAUUGUUGCUGCACCUUCUAAACGCCGUUCGCCAUCUGUAUCUUCCAAGUCUUCUUCAUCACGCAGUUCCUCUUCUUCGUCAUCUCGUUCUGCCUCCCCCAUCCAACGUAAAAGCGACAGUGUCCAGAACAAACGCAACUAUCGAGGGCACCAAAGUUCAUCGCCAGAAGCACAACGCCGUGCACAACGCGGCGUCGAUCGUGGCCGUGGAGUGCCAGAGCGCGAUAGGGGAAUUCCAGAUCGCGACCGGGGAAUGCCAGAUCGCCAAGUCGAUAAGAGUCGUGAUCGGGAAAAGGAGCGUGAACGGCUUCCUGCUCGCGAUAAAGGUCGUGAAAGGGAACGUGAAAAAGAAAGGCCAACAGCUGGUGGACUUCGUGGCAGUAGAGGGAGGGGUGGCUCUGGCCGUGGAAGUCGCAGUCUGUCACGCACUCCAUCACCGUUUAGAAAGGAGAGUGAAUCGCGUUUGAAGGGUCGUGCGCAUUCUGAGAGCCCAGUAGCAGAGGCGAAGCGUGAUUUAAAAAGUGAUAAACGCAAAGAAGUUGAAAGAGACCAAUCUCCUGUGGGAAAAAGUUUGAAGAAGCGCAAGCCAUCCCCUUCGCCAAUCAAAAAGAAGAAGAGGAAGUCAUCGUCAGGAUCUGAGGAAUCAGAAAUAGAAGAAUCCGAAUCUGGAGAAUCUUCGAGCGUUGAGUCGACUCCAGAUAAGAAGAAACGCAAGAAGGAGAAAAAGAAAAGGAAGGAUACCUCUUCUGAAUCUUCAGAGGAAUCUGGUGAUUCUGAGGAAGAAGAGAGAAGGAAGAAAAAGAAAAGUAAAAAAGAAAAGAAGAAGAAGGAGAAGAGGAAGAAGGAAAAGAAGAAGAAGUCUAAAAAGAGCAAGUCGAAGAGGCGCCACGAUUCUGACGAGGAGUCAGAGGACUAGGAUGGCAUAGUCACGCCGUCGGCGGAAGCAGAGGCUUUGGAGAGACAGCUGCGAGAGAAAGCGUUGGAGUCGUUGAGCCGGCGCAAAGAACAGCGCAAGUGAUUUGAUAUCCGGAUCCGACGUAUAUUAAAUUCAAUGAUUUUUUUCUUCAUUUUUUCAAGUUUGCUUAACAACGUCCGUGGUGGAACUUCAUUCAUGUUGCCAUUCAUUUAGUUUCUCAAGCAUCUUCCCAUUUUCAAAAGUAGCGUUAACACUUUUUUUAAAAAUAAAUUGAUUGAAGUGAA